AUGAAUUUAUCGAACAUUGCUAAACAUCUUCUAUAUUUGACUAAAAAUGAAUAUGGAUCUGAAAAUUCUGCAACAACUACUGAUACAAUUUUUGCUGCAGAACGAUUAUUCGAAGUUUUUAAGUCAUUUAAAAACAGCUACUUCAAUGAACUGUAUACUUAUGAUACUCUCGAAUUUGACGAUGAAUAUGAUGAAAUGAUUGAUGAAGAAGAGAGCGAUGAUGAAAUUGAUGAUUACAAUGAGAAUGAACAUUCUGAUAUAAAAAAUCGUUUUACAUUAGAAGAAAUGGAAAAUAUAAUCGAAUGGGUUGACCAACAUCCGAAUGCUGGGCUUACAACUAUUUCACAUCGGUUUAAAAAGGUCAAAUACAUGUAUUAUAUUACAAGAACAACAGAAGUGACUGUUAAAGAGAAAUGUAAUACAACGCAUUCUUAUACAGUUCAACCAGUUACAUCAGCUAAUGGUCAUUUAUUAGACAAGUUCUUACUCAUCCUUCAAGAAAAAGAAAAUACAUUCGGUAAAAAAGUGCAAAAAAAUUUGAUCAUACCACCAAACGUUGUAGUUAGAGCUUCAAAAUCAGGAAAAAGCAGUGAUGAAAAACAUCACGUUUCUUUAAAUGAAAUUCUACGUCCAUUGUUUGGUAAAAAAUUUCUUCUCGUUCUUGAUGCUUGGAAAACUCAAGCUGAUCUAACAAAAUUUAGAGCAGUAUUUCCUAAUCAAGACAGUCAAUUAUUGAUUUUUCCAGAAGGAUCAACUGGUUAUAUUCAACCACAAGAUCUUUCUUUGUUUCGUUCAUGGCGAUUUAUUCAUGAAAAAAUCGAACAUUAUACUCAUAUUAAUCGAAUAGAAAUGACUAUAGAUGAUCGUCAAUAUUUCAUCAACAUCCAUUCUAUUAUUCACAAUCAAUUAUCAGCUCCACAAUUUAAAAAUCUCAUUAAGGACGGAUUUAUACAAGCUGGAAUACCAAAUGAAACAAUUAGACAAAUUGAAAAACUAAAAGAUGUUUGCUUCAAAUUUUAUGAUCUGUACUAUUCAAUCAACAAUUGCAGUGAACGAACACUAUUAAUGUGUGCUUGGUGCAAAAAAGCUCUUUGUUACUAUCAUUUAAUUGAAGAUCUACAUCUGCACUUACAGCACAUUUUUUAAAAUAGUAUAUUAUAUAAUAUAUUGUUUCCAAUUGAAAUAAAAUCAAAAUUAUUGAUGAAUUAAAGAUUUUGAUAACUGCUAGCUGAUCUUUGUCUAUAUUGAUACUACUUAUUAGUUCCAGAGGACAUCGAAACUAAUGUGAUCUUAAUUCUAUUGAUAAAUUUCAGAAAGAUUCUUGUAGCCUACUAUUGAAAUACUCAGCUGAUUGCAUAAAAAACUAAUGUAAAUAAUCAUAAUGUUCGUAUAUACCCAAAUUGUGAGUACCGUAAAAGUCGAAUAUCUCUCUCUAGGCAAGCCAAGGGCCGCUAAUAUUUUAACCUUGUUAGUUUGGUGAUGAGAGCUUUCAUUGGAUCCGAAUAUGUGCCAUCUUUUCACUUAUCAACACACAUACCUCCAUUGUUAGAAAUGAAAAAAAAAACAUUUUUUAUAUGAAUCAGAGAGAGAGUAUUAUAUGAAUUUCUUUUUUGAACUUUAAAAGAAAUUCGUGUUUUUUUUUAAAGAUUUUACAGGCGUCUUCAUAGUUAACCUUCAAACAGAAAAUAUAUCUUUAUAAUUAAACUAUCAAGAAUACUUUGAACGUAUUGACAUAAAAAAAAAUUUCAUUUCAAUAUUAUACACUAUAAUUUAUUUGCUGCUAAAUAAUCGAACAUCGAAUUCUUUAAAUUGAGAAUAAUACCAUUCAGUUUAUAACUGAAGAAAGGUGUGGGUGUGGUUGCCUAUUGAUUCAUACCCGCACCCGGGCGAGACAUUGGGAAAUAAAUCAUUUCAAUGUUGUUAAAUGAGUCCACUAGGAUUUCAACAAAAAAAAAACUGAAAUAUUUUGAGAGCAGAAAAAUGGUGUUAUGCGCUCUUAUCCUUUAAGUAAAAUGUAUUAUAUUAAAGUGGAAUCAGUUAAGCAUUUUCAUUUAUCAAGAAUAAGGCCAGUAAUUAGUUGUCGUUCCUCGAUCGUAUGUAAACAAAUUUUGUAGUGGAUAUUUCACUAAACUUCGAAGUUUCCAAGUAAAUACAGCAUAAUUUUUGAUAUUGCUUGUUCUUCUAUGUGUUUUUGCUAGUGCGUUCUUCUUGAAGACAUGGCACUUAUUUAGAAGACAAUCAGCCGACUUCAUUCUACCGCUUAGAAGUCCACUAUUUCUGAACCUUUUAAAAAAGUUUUUUUUUCAUCAAUAGAUAGGCAAGACAUUAGCCCACUCAGUGAUUAAAUUUGAGCUCAUUUGCUGACUGUUGUGCUGAGCGACUAGAGUGAAAAGGUCUUUCUAAUUUGGAACCUGCGUUCUAAAAGUUUUCAUUGAAAUGGUUUAUACUAUCAUAUUAAUCAAAUGUCCUGCGAAAACGAACUCUUUACCACAUCUUUUUUUUUUCAGAUUUUUUUAUAAGCUCAUAUUUUUCUGUUACUAAUUUCGGUAUAUUCAAGAAAAAUUGUAACAUAAACUCGUCCACAUGCUGGUCAAAAUGGAAAAGAUUUAAAAAUUUUUCUUUCAUCUAUCUAACUCACGAAAUAUUGGAUUAAUAAAUUUUAUUGAUAAUUUUAUGUUCGGUAGCUUUUUUCGAUAUAUAGGAGACAGGUAGCAUGUAAAUAUGUAGUCAUUUUUUUACGUAGUAAACAGGUAACGGUUAUUUUUCAGUCGUUAGAUGUACGUGGUCCAUUUGCAGUUCUCUUUCUGUUUUCUCUCAUCUCUCUCUCUCUAUAUAUAUAUAUAUGCUGGUUUCUCUUCUGCCCUCUGGAUCGUUUCACGCACUCUAAGAAUAUUUUUCUCAUACUCACCAAUAGAAGCAAAAGAAAUUAAUAACUAUUAGAAGGUUCUCGAUUUUUUUCUCUCUCUUCUUCCUCGUAUAAAUAUUUUUUUUUGCAAUAAAAUUUUUUAUUCGUAGUCUAAUAGUUAACAUCAUAUCGAACUCAUUUUAGCGUUUUUUCGAGUCAUGUCUAAUCGUCGAUAAUACACCAAACAUGUCUACUUGUCAAUACAUCAUAUUAGUCUGCGCUCUUCUAUUAUUUUGUAAGCUUGAUUUCUUGUCAUAAAGAAGUACGACAAUAUUAUCAAUAAUAUGUUGAAUCAUAGAUUUGACUCAACCAACAGUUGGCCUGACAUGUUAUGUAUGUUCUUUCUGCAAUGAUCCAUUCAACGCCAACUCCGCGAAUAUUACACAACAGACAGUAUCUGACAAUCAAGGAUACUCUUGCAAUGUAAGUCAAUAUCUAUUUUCUUCACUGUCUUUCAAUAAUUUGACGUAACAUAGAAACUUACUGCCUUGGGCUAUGCCAUUCGAAAUGUAACACAAAACUGUACAGAAGGAAACUUCUUAGGUUUUGGUCAAUGGUGCUGUCAGACAGAUUUAUGCAAUGAUGCCAAAAACAUUGUAACAACAAAGACCUAUAUUAUGAAUCUAGUUCUCGGUCUCAUGAUCAUACCCUGGUGAAGCAACGCUCAAACAUCGCUCAUCCAUUAUUUACACUUCCAGAAAUGCCUUUAAAACUUGAAAAAUUAUUUUCUAAUUUUUCUUUUUCUUUUAAAAUCUGUUUCGAAUAAAAAUUUUUAAAAUAAUAUUCCUGAUUAGGAUUUCGUUUCAUUCAUACGAUAAGAUUCACAUGAAACUUGUAACUGUAAUGAUAAAGAAAUCAUUUCAAUGAUGAGGAACUUGUCCAUCGUAUAUUUAAACAUCGAGUAUCAAAACAAAUAAGUUUAUUUGUGUAAAGAUAAGUUUAGCAUUGUCAAUAAGAAGGAAACCAACAUAGAAACUCAAAACAGAAUAUGAAAAUUCAAUUAUUGUAAGGUGCACGUAAUGCAAAAGUUGAGCAGAAAGAAAAACUCAAUCAAUUAUACAUCAGUUGAUAGAGCUUUUCGCGCUGAUUCAGAAUAUAUAUCUUUCAAAUUUCCAGAUUUAAUCUGAGUCGAGAAAAUCGCAAAAUACUAAAAAUUCCAGAAAACCCAAAAAAAAGCGGCUUUUCACUAUUCAUUUCAGGAUUGAUGUAUCUUUGAUUAGACUUUUCUCAACAAAAGUAUAUUAUCUAAAUCGAGCACAUAAAACUGUGCUAUUCAGAUGAAUUUGACGAAAUUUCAUCGAUCUUGUGACUUUUGGUUGGCUUACCAAGACCUACCUUGCAUACUGUCGACAGCCUUACGUUGUAAACCUAUCUCCUUUUUUUCUGUAAGAGCUAAUAUGAUUUUUUUUCAGCAUUCGAACCAUCAGAUCUAUAGGAAAAAAGUUACGUAUGCUCGUAAUCUGGAGUUUUACUGUUGUUAAGAAAAUUCACGUUUCCUGCAACUAUGGUAAAAGAUGGCAAAAACCACCCAAAAAUAGGACAUUUUUUUUUGAUUUUCAUUUCGAACGAAUUGUUUUCAUACAAAACAAGUAUGAUAUUUGAAAUCAGCGCAAAAAAUCACGUUGAAUAAGCUAUAUUUUGUCAGAAAAUGG